AUGGCUAGGAAACGAGGAUUGGCAUCUAUUAAGGCCAUCACGGGUGAGCGGAUGGAAAUGUUCCAUCGGGCACUCGAUGGUUACAUAUCCAAGGGUUUCUGUGCUAUCGUCAAGGAUAAUCGCCCCGACCCAUCUAAGCCAGAAGCAUCUACGUGCCAAUCUGUCUGGGAGAAGCUGA